AUGAGUUCCACCGCUACCACCAAGGGCGGAAGAGGCAAGGCAAAGGCUGCCACUAAAUCUGUUUCAAGAUCGUCAAAGGCCGGACUUCAAUUUCCGGUAGGUAGAAUCGCAAGAUUCCUCAAGGCUGGAAAAUACGCCGAACGCGUUGGUGCCGGUGCUCCGGUCUACCUCUCCGCCGUUCUCGAAUAUCUCGCCGCUGAGGUUUUGGAAUUGGCUGGGAAUGCGGCUAGGGAUAACAAGAAGAAUCGAAUUGUUCCAAGGCACAUUCAACUUGCUGUUAGGAACGAUGAAGAACUGAGCAAGCUUUUGGGAGCUGUAACCAUUGCUAAUGGUGGUGUUUUGCCGAAUAUUCACUCGACUUUGAUACCUAAGAAGGCUGGAAAGGGCAAAGACGAAAUUGGAUCUGCUUCUCAAGAAUUUUAG